AUUAGAUAACAUUACCAAAUGUCAUUUUCCCACAGGAUUUAUAAUACCUUUACCUUCAAUUGUGUGGCGGUAUUUGAGGUAGUUUUCUUCAAAAAACUUCUCCCCGUCCUUCCAUGGUUCUUUUGGCAGGGGGCAUAUCUAUAAAAUAAAUCAUGACGUUAAUGUAUUUUUAUGUCUUACCCAUGUUGUUGGGGAGGACAUAUGACAUCAAGACUGACAGUCCAGGAGUGGAUAUAUUCCCUCAGGAGGUUAUAGAUUCAGCUUCCGUUAUACAAAGGCAAUAUACGGAUUCGCAGUAUCGGAUGGUAUCAGAUACACAGGAAGCAAGAGAUUUUUUGGGUGUGAGUGGUGAUUUAUCGUUAAAAAUUAAAACAGGAAAUGUUCAGAUGGAAGGCUUGGGAGAUUAUCUGAGAGAAACUUAUUCUAGAUCGAACGUGGUGGAAAUUCUUGUUAAAGUGCAUUAUGAAACACAAACUUAUACAUUGCCAUCAACAUCUAAGCCAAGACCUAAUUGGAAGUUACUUGAUCGAAGAGAUGUUGGUACCCACUAUGUUCGUAGUGUAACCUACGGAGGAGAUCUUGUCGCCUCUCUGAGAUUCACUGCCAAAAAUGCUGUAGACAGAGAAAAGAUUCGAGCUGUAGUUCAAGCUAAUUUACAUGCAGAUUCAGGAUCCUUUGGACUUGGAAUUGAAGGGAACUUCUCUCGUCUUCAAGAGGAUCUGAAAGAUUCUUCAUCGUUGGAGAUUAAUUAUUACGCCACAGUUCCUAUCAAAGGAGUACCGAAUACCAUGGAAUCCCUCAUGGAACUAGUGGAAGACUUCCCAACUCAAACAAAGUUGGUCAACAACGGAACAGGCGUUCCUCUUACGAUGGAGCUCUUCCCCCUCUCGGCUUUAGACAACGACGUGCCAAGAUAUUUAGAAACAAAAGCCCUGGUGGAUCAGCUGGAUCUUUUGGAGGCUCAGUUUGAUGACAUUCGUGCCACAAAAAAAUCUUUACAGGAAUGGCUGUUGAAUGUUCCUCCAGUGCUUUCUCCAGAAAUAGAAGAAGAGAUUGGACUAUUUAACGAAGAAUUGGAGAAAAUUUCCUUUGUAUUUUAUGAAGUAUUGGGAAAUAUGAAUUUAGCUGAAAACGCCAAUGUGGAGCAAUUCAAAAAGGCUUUUGAUGCUUAUACUAGUAGUGGAGGAAAUUUACCUGAUAAGUACUACCGAAAACUGAUUGUUUUGAAGCAUAAAAUUAUUCAAAGUUCUAAAGUAUUGACGAUGGAUGUUGGGGGUGCCUCUUACAUCCACUGGGGACGAGGAGAAUGCGAAUCCUCAACUGCUCACACUGUUGUUUCUGGUAUUAUUGCAUCAACUGAUCAAAUUAAAGGUGGAUCAGCCAACGUCAUCUGCCUCACUGACGAUCCACAACAUGAUCCAGACACUAAAGUAUACAAAAAACAUCAUAGGUUCUAUUCAAAACUUGUUCCUGUUCAUCUACAAGGACGAAACGUAUCCAGCGAAAAGUCCAUAGCAUGCGGCAUGUGUCUCGUCGAAGAAAGGACAUCAGCGACAGUAUUUCCUGGUCGGACGCAGUGUCCAAAUGAAUGGACAUUGGAAUAUUCUGGCUACAUUAUGACCAAAGAUUUGAGGAGCAGGAAAGGUGAUUUCGUUUGCAUGGACGUCCACUCCGAAGAACAUGACAGAGAUGUUCUGAUCAUGUCUAAGACAGAGAAACAUGAUCAUGUCAGCGAUGUCAAAAUCAGCUGUGGUACUCUUCCAUGUGACAACUAUCCUAAAGAUCAGCUACUUCCAUGUGUUGUUUGUACUUAUUAAAUAAAUAAAUAUGACGUA